AUGGAUCCUGGAUUGAACUCUCUCCUAAAAUGGAGUGUCGAGAAUUCCGAGGUCUCAGGCCGAUCACCAGGCCAGCCCGUCAGAGAACCGAGAGGACUAUCAGCUGAUGCUCUACGGGUGUUAAUGGGUGGUCCCAGUGAUGCUGAUUUGAUGCGCGAAGCCAUGACUAUCAUCGCCUCUUCAGAUCCCGAAGUCACCCACGACGCUAAAAUGACAGCGUUCGACAACUUUGAGCAACUGGUUGAAAAUAUUGACAACGCCAACAAUAUGGAGCCUCUGGGUCUGUGGACGCCACUGCUCUCUCAGCUGGAUAGUCCCGUAGCCGACUUGCGACGGAUGGCGGCCUGGUGUCUAGGCACAGCGGUCCAGAACAAUGUGAAAGCACAAGAACGAUUUCUGGCUCUCAACGGUAUCGACAAAAUCUGCAAGAUUGCCCUGAGUGACGUGGACAAGGCAGUGCGAAGAAAGGCAGUCUAUGCCCUCAGUUCGGGGAUCCGAAAUUAUCAGCCCGCAAUGAAUGAAGCAGUUAAGCGGCUGCCCAAAGACGUUGUCGGACCAGAUCAAAUCUCGGCAACAGACAUGGAUGUCAUCGACGCCGUCAUGGGGAAACUGAGGGACGGAGAAUAA